CGGGCACAUCGGGUCCGUACUCCACUGAGAGACCUAGGACGUCGCGUAUAUCCGCCAAUUUCGAUUUUACCUAAAUCCUAUAAAUUUUAAUGCUUCUCAAAAUUUGUGAGUGUCGAAAAUAAGAAGAGAAAUGACAGAAUUAAACGAAUCGGUUGAUCGAUGGGAUUUGACCGUGAAAUAAAUAAUUUUAAAAAGUUCUUGAAAACUUCGACAAAUCGUAUAACGAAACGAUAAAUCGAGGCUCGAUGUUCAACUGAGAGCGGCAAUUCAUCAAAUUCAAAUUACGCCAAUAAACAAUCGUGCAUCUAGACAAUGUAACAAUUGCCAUGUUGAUAAACAAGUGCCGUUGCGAUAACAAAUUUAAACGCGUUAACCUGCUACUCGAUACACGCGACAUACACGUACCUGUUUAAAAACAGCCUUUUUGGGGUAAAGCAUUUAUUUUUCGCAAAAAAUAUAAAAAUUUCAAAAAUGUACAGCGGGGUGUUGUGAGUGAUUAAAACUCGUAAAAAAAAGUGACAACCGUAAAAAAAAGACAUGGCGGGAAAUCAGCGAUAAAAUGUUGGAUAAAUUCAAAAACUCAAAACCACGUCUUUGGAUAAUGAACGAAACCUCAAGAGCAGCGACCGUCGCUCGCACCGACAUGGAGAAUGCCACCCUGCCGCCGGAGAUGACGUUCACAGACCAGUCGCUGACUCUGGUGAUCGCCUAUUGUCUUUGCUUCGUCGUAGCCGCCGUCGGCAACCUGACAGUCUUCGUGACCUUGUUGCGCAGCCGUAACCGUAGGUCACGAAUAUCAUUGAUGAUCUGUCACUUGGCAGUGGCUGAUCUAGUCGUUACUUUCAUCAUGAUACCUCUUGAGGUUAUCUGGCGAAUCACCGUAAGGUGGAUGGCUGGGAAUUUGGCCUGUAAGAUUUUACUAUUCCUUCGGGCCUUCGGGCUUUACUUGUCUAGCAACGUUCUCAUCUGCGUUUCUUUGGACAGAUACUUUGCCGUGCUAUAUCCGCUGCGCGUAAACGAAGCAAGAAGACGUGGGAAUCGGAUGCUGGCUGUAGCCUGGAUUUCCAGUGUUAUUUGCGCGACGCCGCAGAGUUUCAUCUUUCACGUCUCGCCCCAUCCAGAUUAUCCAGAUUUUCAUCAGUGCGUAACAUUUGGAUUUUUCGUAUCGAGAGUCGACGAAAUAAUUUACAAUCUCUUCGGAUUGCUAGCAAUGUACUUCAUACCCCUGACAGUGAUUUGUUGGGUCUACGCGAAGAUCCUGCGAGAAAUCAGCAACAAAAGCCGUGAAAGUAAGCAAGCCAUCACCAAAUCAAGCAGCAACUGUACCCUGAGUAGCUCAGCAAUGAGCGGAAGUGCUGGACGAUUGAAACUGAGAAGAUCAGACAUAUCGAGUAUCGAGAGAGCAAGAAGUCGAACCCUAAAACUGACGAUAACGAUCGUCGCUGUAUUUAUAUUCUGUUGGACGCCAUACGUAGCAAUGUCGCUCUGGUUGAUAUUCGACAGGGACAGUGCGAAUUUAAUAAACGCGCCGAUUCAAGACAUAUUUUUCUUGACCGCAGUAGGAAACUCAUGUGCCAAUCCACUGAUUUACGGAAGUUAUUCCGUAGAAUUUCGCAGGGAAUGUUGCAAGCGCUUUUUUCUCUACGGAUCGUCGCCCAAAGUCGACAUGGAGAUGAAACUAGUACGUCGCAGUACCGUGGGAAGUGGACAGACUCGUAGUACAAUGACGGCCCAAAGCGCAACUAUGGUUCCCGCACAAAUUCCUGAUAGACUCAAUUCCACGACGACCGACGUUCUCGAGAGGACGUCGCGCCAGGAGAUGAAACUGGUCACCAAUCAGCAUUUUUUGCAAGUACCCAGCAUCAGGAUACCGGAGUGAAGAACGCGGUUGGGAAUUUGGAAGAAAAUUGCAAGAGUUUUCGGUUUUUAAAACUUUUGACAGACUUUGGAAAAUUCCAUACCUGUUGUAUGAAAAUGUGGGAUGGAUUUUGAUAAAUAUGGAAAAUGGCUACGCGUAAUAACUACGUGGAAUUGUGCGUAGAUUGUUUUGUAUGAAUUUGAAUAUAAAUUAAGAAUGACUUGGAAAUUUGUUACGUUCUCAUUGUUAUUAUUUAAUCAAUAUUCAUUCGUUCGUUCAAUUGUAUUUCGCGAGAAGUCAACGGAAACGCAUUUUAAUUUCAAAAUGCUAAAGUUGACACGGUUUAUGAUUUCAAAAAUCAUUGUGCGACAGUAAAAUAAAUUUUAAUAUCUCAGUGUUUCGCGUAGAAACUGAGACGCGCCAUUGCGAUAUUAUGUAAAAAGUGUAAUGUAUUGUAUUAUCAAUAAAAAUAUUUUCCGUAAAA